CGGGUCGAAGCCUGCGAACAUCCAGAAAGCGCAUCGACGUUUCUCUUUCUGUAUGGCUCAGAAGGGAGCGGAGGAAAGACAUGGAAGUCAACACUGAUGCAGCUGAGGGCAGAUAGGGCAGCUGAGGCAGCUUGUCCCACUGCAGGUGAUUCCUGCAAGAAGAUUCUUCGACUGAACCGGACCCAAUAAGAAGAGCCAUGGGCGGUAAAGGUGGGAAGGGAAAAGGAAAGACGCAGAGCUGGACUACGGUUCAGAAGCCCAUGCUCAAGCGGAGCAACAACUGGGAGUCCCGUGGAAAUACCUCGCGCGCACCGGCGCGCUACGAAGCACCACCGGCCGCGGUGAAGGUGCUGAAGAAGGCCAACUGGCUCAACCGACAAGGCUUCUUCGGCAAGCAAGCCCUUGAUGAGGAUGCAUUGGAAAUGCUGGGCAGCCUCCCCGACGACCGCGCCAUGGCUGUGCUGGAACAGUUGGAGCGAAAAGCGGGCCAGGGUGAAAUUUGGAAUCCCAACUCGUACGUGGUGAAGGCCGUGAUUCGGCACAACAACCAGCUGCGGAACGAGGCCAACGACUAUGCCCAUGGCGGGCACGGUGGAGGUGGAGGUCAAGCUCCGGCGGCCUUGCCGGUGCUGAAGAAGGUGAACUGGUUGAACCGUGAAGGCUUCUUUGGCAAGAACACCGUGGAUGAAGAUGCCAUCGAGAUGUUGGGUCAGCUGCCUGUGGACCGGGCCAUGAGCAUCUUGGAAAACAUCGAGGAGAAGGCCAAGUCUGGUGAGAUCUGGAAUCCCAACAGCUACGUGGUAAGGGCAGUAGUCCGCCAUUCGCAGAACAUGAAGAACCACAGUUGGAAUGACUGGAGUGAUGACAGGAGACCUCAGAAGGGCAAGGGCAAAGGCAAGGGCGGCACGCAGUUGGCGAUCCGCACGGAGACGAGAAGCAAAGGCAAGGGCAAAAGCCGCUGGUGAGAAGGCUGAGUGCUGAGCCCGCGGAGGUGGAGCUCCGGUGGAGCUCGGGUGGCGCUGAGGGAGUGGGGUUCGGUUCACCCGGCGCUCGGGUGGCGUUUCAACGGUUCCGGAAGGGGGGCCGGAGGGACUCGAUGAGUUC